UACAAAUUCAAUCUCUUGCGUUUCUCCCGCCGGUUUCCAAGUUGCCACGUCACGGAUUUAAACGCUGUGUAAGACUAGCUCUGUUGUGACUGGUCAUAAGGGGGCGAGCGCCUACGACAUAGACUUGUCACAGCUGUGACGCCAGCCAUACUUGUUUUCAGCUGCAGCUUGAGAAAUGGGGGCACUCCUAGCAAAGUGGAGGGCAAAGCCCUCUACAGUUGAAGUUCUUGAAAAAAUGGAAAAGGAUAUUCAGUCUCUGGAAGAAUUUCGUGAUAAAAAUCAGAAACUGCGCAAGAUUUGGGUUGCAAGACUGUUCUUCUAUUCCACCAUUCUUUAUAUUCUCACAAGUCUGACUGUAUAUUUAUGGUACCUUCCGGGCGGCAUGACUGCAAGACUCCUCACAACGCUUCUGUUUUUGUUGUUUCCAGUAUUGAUAUGGUUUGUUAGAACACUACUAAUUCUGUGGUUUUCCAGAAGAACUGAAAGAAAUAAUGAUGCUCUGGAACUUUUAAAAGCAGAAAAGAAGAAAAUACUUGAAGAGGUGAUGGAAAAAGAAACCUAUAAGGCAGCUAAGAUAAUUCUUGAAAGGUUUGACCCAGACUCAAGGAAGAUAAAGGAGCUUGAACUUCCAGUUCCUGGACCACCAAUAACUCCUAGACCAGGCCAAGAUCUGCGCCAGAGGACGGCAGCUCAAAGAAACAUAAGUGUGUCCACCCCAGUAAACCCAGGCCAGGGAUCUCCGCAAGUUUCAGGGCUGUUGGCGGCAACUCCAGCUCUUCAAAGAGAUACUUCAGCUCCUGGUGGCCCCCCUGAGCGAUCUGUUCAGCCAACACCUCAGUCAAACAUCUUACAGAGACGCCCUGGAUCGCCUGCAACUGCAGUAUCUGGAAUGGCUCUCCAUCCCCCAGGGCCUCCAUUAGCAAGACCAAUUCUUCCAAGAGAAAGAGGUGCAAUGGAUAGAGUAAUUGAGUACCUGGUUGGUGAUGGUCCACAGAACAGAUACGCCCUGAUAUGUCAGCAGUGCUUUUCACAUAAUGGAAUGGCCCUUAAAGAAGAAUUUGAAUAUGUCGCUUUUAGAUGUGCCUACUGCUAUUUCCUCAAUCCUGCCAGGAAGACGCGCCCGCAGGCACCACGGCUUCAAGAAAUCAGUUUUGACAGGCAAAGGCAAAGGACUGACUCUCAAGGCUCUGUUAAUACUUUGCAGCUCCCUGCUGCAGACCAGCUGGAAAACCAACAGUCUCCAGAAGCAAUGGAAGAGGAUUCACCUGCACAGGCUGAGGAGCAAGCAAUAGAAGAACAAGUUAUAGAAGAGCAAGUAACAGAAGAGCAAUUAAUAGAAGACCAAGUGAUAGAAGAGGACUCUACAUGCAGUGAACAGCAGUGGGAAGAAGCGCCUGAUGAUACGGAGAAAGACAAUUUGCCAGCUGCUGAAGUAAACCCCUCCCUUCCUGCCCCUGCAGCCAAUGAAAGUGAAGAAUCGUUUAUGGAAACGGAAUAAAUGUUAUGAGUGCCUCCAUUAGUUUAUGGCAGCUUCAUUCUCACAGGCUUGUGCUCUUAUGGAACUUCCUACAGAAAAAAAGGUUUUAUAGUCUGUCUAAAGCUGGUGAACAGAAUGUUGCGCUGUAUCAUAAGCCUGCAGCUGGGGAAUGUAUUACUGUAUUUCUUGAAUGGGCUUAUAGUUUUUGGACCCAUCCUAAGCUUGGAAAAAUAAACACAUUUUAUGUUUAGGUUUUUAACAAUCUUUCGAAAUUAUUUAUUUUAUGUUAAUAUGGAAGGAAGAUUAUGUAGUAUCUGUUGUACCAGAGAACUGCUUACAGAUUCUAAAUGUAAUUUAUCUGAAUGGACCACCGUCGGUACUCAGUGUCUUGAAACUUCACAGAAAGCAAUAUGGAACAUAGCACUUGUUUUAUUUUGUUUUAGCUUUAUUUAUAACCAUAAGAGUUCACAUGCACAUUAUGUAUGUCACUGUAAUGCAAGUGAAUGGCCACACAUAAAUGUUUGUAUAAAAUGUAGCUCAUGUUUACAUAAAAUAACAUAGGAAGAACUUUGUAUUGUCUUUCAAUGCUAAAUAUUUAUAGCUGUCUUUUGAUGGUACAUACGCCAACUAUAAUGCCUUUUGAGUGUUUAUAUUUUGUUAAGUAAAAUAAAGAUAAUUAAAAAGCUGGA